AUGAAUUAAGGUUCAUAAUUCUAUAAGCAUCAAUAAUUGUAGAAUGUUCAAUUUGAUAAUUUAUCAUUAAUUGAAAGCAUCACUAAAUAAAGAUUUAAGGAACCUGUAAUAUAUAAUUUUAUAUUAGGUUGUAGUUAAAAGUUGUAAACACUUUAAUACAUGUUUUGAAUAUUAAGAAGCCAUGUUAUCAAUUUAAUAAUAUGGAUAAUAUAAAUGUUAAUAAAUUGCCAAAAGUCCAAACGAUCUAAUUUAGGAUUGGAGAAUGCAAGCAUAUCAAGAAUUUAAUGUAUUAACUACUGAAAUAACUGUGAUAUGUGGAAUUAUGAUUAAUAGAUAUAUUAGAAACAAAUCUAAAUAUCAGAAUUAUUUUUAAUUAGACAUAUAUAAAAAUGAAUUUUUACGUAUGUUUGGCAGGGCCAGUCAAGAUUCAUCUAUUAUCUCUCUGAUAAAAAGCAAUUUAAUUAAUAAUACCCCUUAGAAUAGAAAUAUAUAAAUUUGGAGCUUUUGUUUAUAAAAUAGAGAAAAAAUUACUAUUCCAAUUUGA